AUGCUGUCAAAUCCCCUGCAACGAUUCUCACCAUACCACGCACUUCAGUCGAGCACAUAUCUCUCGAAUACCCACGUCCCCACAAAUCACCUCCAUGGAACUGGACUUGAUGCUUUUGGUCACGGCUCCCAAUAUGCUGUACAGCAUCUUCAACAACAUGUGGGCAUGUCCGCACCCCAUCUUUCAAGAGCACCUCAGCCUAAACAUCGACAACACCCUUACGGAGGCCCAGCAACUAGGGCAGCUGGACCCGCCGGGCCUAUUCGUAGGAGAAUCAGCAGGGCUUGCGAUCAGUGUAACCAGCUGAGAACCAAGUGUGAUGGACAGAAUCCGUGUGCACACUGUAUAGAAUUCGGUCUGGGAUGUGAGUAUAUUCGCGAGAGGAAGAAGAGAGGCAAAGCAUCCCGCAAAGAUCUAGCACAACAAGCCGCUGCACAGGCCGCGGCAACGGCUCAGGAUGGGCAGAACUCUCCUGACCGAAAUGACGAGGAUGACUCUUCUGAACAAAGGGCAACCCAGACAGCAGCAACGCAGGACCAGCUUUCGAACGCGAGUGAGAAAGGCCUCAGCGAUUUCACUGAGGAUGCUAUGGAACAAAGUCAUACAACAGCCAACCUAGACAGCUUAGCUGAGUUAAGCUCCCAUCAACCACAUCUGGUAAGCAACAUAUCAACACUAGAGAGGGAUCCACUCGAUAGCCCUACAUCAUUGGACUUGAACCCAUUCGGGGGUAUGCAGCAUGCCUACGAUAGACAAGACAUAGGGGCACACUUGAUGGCUGGUUCCGCUCACAACUUUGGCUCCAGCCAAGCUGCUCUCUCGAACUAUCCCGAUAUUCCUUAUGGCCUCCAUACCCAUAAUUCGAGCAACUACGCGACCAACGCCGCGGCGGGGUUCAGGAUAGGAACCAGUCCUAUAAGUGCGUAUCCCAUUACCGGAGAGCCAGCAUCGCCAAAAUGGAUUCCUAUGGCAUCUCCGCCACCCCAGUAUCAGUCCUACAUUCCUCCGCAAAUCAAUUACCAUCAGCAAUCAAGAUAUCCAGUACUGAAACCUCUCAUACCGCAUCUUGGUAGCACCAUCCCUGUUUCGUUGGCUUGCGACUUAAUCGACCUCUACUUUUCGAGCUCUUCGUCGGCUCAUGCCCAUCCGAUGUCACCUUACGUACUCGGGUUCGUGUUCAGGAAACGCUCAUUUCUACACCCAAGUAAACCGCGACAAUGCCAACCUGCGUUACUAGCCAGUAUGUUGUGGGUAGCGGCACAGACAAGUGAUGCACCAUUCUUGUCCAGCGUUCCGUCAGCUCGGGGAAAGAUCUGCCAGAAAUUACUUGAAUUGACCGUCAGUCUUUUGAAGCCCCUAAUACAUACUCCUUCCGGAGAAGCAUCUCCCGCUUCGAGUCCCGUCAUGGAUGGUGUGGCUCUCGGUGGACUCGGCGUUGCACUACCAGGAUCGUUGAGUCUGGAGAACGUGACUGGGGAAUCUGGCGCUUUUGGUGCAGCAGGUAACCUCGAUGACGUUGUUACAUACAUUCACCUAGCUACGGUUGUGUCAGCCAGCGAGUAUAAGGGCGCAAGUCUGAGAUGGUGGAAUGCCGCUUGGUCGCUCGCCCGGGAAUUAAAGCUCGGCCGCGAGCUACCACUUUCUCCACCCCCACAGAGCGAUUCUGAGAACGGCAAUAUUGGUACAGUUGAUGGACUUGGCAGUGGGCCUGAAGCCGCUACAGAGGAAGAGCGAGAAGAGCGCAGGCGGAUCUGGUGGCUUACUUAUAUCAUGGAUCGACAUCUAGCACUGUGCUACAAUCGACCCCUGUUCCUUCUCGACAUCGAAUGCGAAGGCCUCCUGCAGCCCAUGGACGACACGGAAUGGCAAAACGGUAACUUUGAACCAAGCACUACAGACCCGGCCUUAUCUGAGGAGCGUGUAAGGGGCCCACACUUUCAAUGCACUGGGCAUUCCAUUUUUGGAUACUUUCUACCAUUGAUGACGAUUCUAGGUGAGAUAGUCGAUCUCCACCAUGCCAGGAAUCACCCAAGAUUUGGGAUCACCUUUCGUUCUGCUCCUGAAUGGGAUGGUCAAGCGGAGGAAAUCAGACGUCAUCUUGAGGCAUAUGAGGAGAGCCUUAAGAAAUUCGAACAACAACAUUUUCACGUGCAUGAUGAGGACAGGAGCACUCCUUCGAUAACAUUGGAGAUGCCUGGAGAAUUAGAUCGCAUUGGCUCCCCUUCGGCACGUUCUGUUCGUACAAAUUCGUCGCGGAUGACCGAAUCAGACAUCCAAACGCGUAUUGUCAUGUCUUACGGAACUCACGUAAUGCAUGUCCUCCAUAUUCUGCUAACAGGAAAAUGGGAUCCGAUAAAUCUGUUGGACGACAAUGACCUCUGGAUCUCAUCACAAGGUUUCAUCACAGCUACUGGCCAUGCAGUUUCGGCCGCUGAAGCAAUUGGCAAUAUCCUCGAAUACGACCCGGGUCUGGAAUUCAUGCCGUUCUUCUACGGCAUUUACCUCCUGCAGGGCUCUUUCUUGCUGCUACUCAUUGCGGACAAGCUUCAAGCAGAGGCGUCAGCCAGCGUAGUUCGAGCAUGCGAGACGAUCAUUCGUGCACAUGAAGCAUGCGUGGUCACGCUCAGCACAGAGUAUCAGCGAAACUUCAGUAGAGUAAUGCGCAGUGCUCUCGCUCAGGUCCGAGGUCGCGUACCAGAGGAUCUAGGCGAGCAACAUCAACGCAGACGAGAGCUUUUGGCGUUGUACCGGUGGACUGGUGACGGAACAGGUUUGGCGCUCUAG